UUUGCAGUUGGAAACCCUAGCCUAACGAAUCAAGAAUUCAAGAUCAUCAUCGUCUUAUCAUACAUAUUGCAAUCCCGCCAUGGGAGGCCACGGAGGUCUAAAUAUUCUCCCUCAGAAGCGCUGGAACGUUUACAAUUUUGACAAUCGGGAAAAAGUCCGCAAAGAUGAAGAAGCCGCAGCCAAAGAAGAACAACUUAAACGCGAACAAUCUCGCAAGCGCGACACCGAGUUCCGUCUCGAACAACUACGCCAAGCCCGCGGUUUGGCUUCGGCUUCGGCCUCAGCUUCAGCUUCCUCCUCACGCCAAUCCACCGCUGUUGCAGUCGAGUCACCACCCGCACCCGUACCCGAACCCCAACCGGAAGUGGAGCCAAAAUCGAGACACAUUAAUUUGUUUGAAGGAAUUAGAAUUUUUGAUCCAGUUGAGAUUGUGGAUAAGAAUAAAAGUGAACCAGGGGAUGAACAAAGGAAGGGGUAUAAAAGGAUCAAGAAAGAGGCCGAGAUGCCGAAGGUGGUUUUACCAGAGGAUGAAAAGUAUCGGUUAGGGUACGGAGUGGCUGGAAAAGGCGUAAAGUUACCUUGGUACAUGGAAAAACGCCCAAAUGGUGAUGAUAAAGGAGUCGAUGACUGUGAUUCGGUGACAGUAACUAAGAGCAGUAGAAAGAAGAGCGUGGAAGAACUUAGGGAAGAGAGGUUGAAGAGAGAGGGAAAAGAAAAGGAAAGGGAACGAGCGUUGCUGCUACACAAGGGCCGACGUGGAUCAUUGAUUCAGAAUGAUAGAUAUUCGAGGAGGUAAGGGGUUUGUUAGUUACUGCAUUCUGUUCCUGUUUUCAUGUUGUUUAAUAUGAAUAAUGUGUUUAUUUGAAGUUUAACUUGACUGAAGUGAAAUAUAAUGUCAAUUGAAGACAUAAUCUUUAUGCAAA